AUGGCAACCUCUCACGUGCUGAGAGCUCUGCUGGCAUUCUGCGCAAUCUGGUUGCAUCGUAAUAGUUGUACCGACGCACUUCUUUGUGACUUCGCAGAUCCAGAUGAGCUACUUAUCAGCAAUGCUCUCGUUAGCUGCCACAUGGACAUCGAUGACUUUGACAGUGCAACUUUUAUAUGUCCACGCCGAGUAAACGACACGGAAUACGUCUGGCAUCCUCAACCAACGUCCACCGACCAUUAUAAUAUCAACACGUACGUUAGUGAAAAUGGCAUGUUGCGUUCUCUUGCUCUUUCCAAUGUUUUCGUAACCGAUGCGCCAGUUGCUUUUGCCUCAGUGGAAUCGUAUCAGUCACAGACUAGUUUGUAUUUCAACAUACCAAUUCACGAAUUGUUUGCGGUCACUGAUCAUCGUUUGAUAUUCAUAUGCGGACCGCAAGAUUUGAUUUUGAGUCCUGCAUUGCAGCGUCGCCUGGACGGUCUCGAUGGUUUCGCGGAAAUGCAAGAAUUCCCGUGGAGUGCAACGACACCAUUGACUGCGGAAAUUGCGAAGAUUGGAAACGGUGCGGGAUUAGGUGUGGUAUUCUUGUACAGAGGGCACCUAACUUUACUACUGCAGGGUUGUGGUAGCCGCCCGUCACCACUGUUUGCUGCGACUAAUGAGGUGACUGUGGAUCCCGUAACUGGCAUACGUUCGUGCGUGGCGGAUCCAAUGUCUAGAUCGCCUAUAGGGUUUCUCUGCGAAGGCGGGAUAGAGCCCGCGGAUUGCAUGCGAUAUCUCUUGGACCCAAAUGGUGAAGUUGUGGCAGCUCCCGAACCAUAUUCAUAUACGAAAUUUUAUAAUGAACAUUGGGUCGUGGCGCAAUAUUUCAGUGACUUAGCGCUUCCACCAUUCCAUGGCGAAUGCAGAUGCAUAGAUUCUGAAACGGGACAGGAUAAAGCUAGGAUAGAGAUCCGUUCGAAAGCCGACUAUAUUUGUGAUAUUAGUAGCAAGAUUUUCCAAAACCGCGUGCGCCCUAUCCGUGGACAUUGGUGUUCGGUUGUACUUCAUCCAGGCAGCACCUUGACCAUUAGGUUCCCAAUAGAGGAAGCCGAUACGGAGACCUCGUACGAGGAGCCUCUACCUGGUACACUGUCGCAAAAGCCUCCUAGAUAUCUAUUCAAAACGGGAUUUCAACCAACUGACUUGGUGACACUGCGGCAGCUUAUGACCCAUGAGGGAUUCAAUUUUUACUACGAAGCCUCAUACCGCAAAGCCAUUGCCGGCGAUGCACUUGAACUGGAUGUUUCUCAAAUGGCCCUAGGAGAGAUUAAGCUAAAAUACCAUUUUAACGAACCUCUCUCGUUACGAUUGGGACCGAAUUCGUUCUUUUUCCAUUGGACAUUAAAAGCCAUAAACAAGUACGUUUUCCACAGCAUCCAGGCCACUGUGAACGUCUCCUUCGCUUUUACGCAUCGUUACGCAAUCGUUGGCUGUGACAGAGGGCAAAGAAAUGUGUUUCAUCGGGAAACCAGCAGGAAUUAUUGCUCAACCAAAUGGAUGGGAAACGGCAUAGGGAAAACUUAUGAGUGUCUCUACCAAAAAACACCGCAUAUCGGCAUAGUUGGUAUUUACUGCAGACCAGGCGAGGAGCUGUUGCCCGACAAUUGUGAGUCCACGGCUUACAAUCUGUACUCCAAUCGCAUUAUUCCAUUUCCUGCAAAUGUACGUAGUGCGACGUCAUAUCCCAUUCGAGGAUUUCAGAUAUUCGACAUUGCAUUCCACAACAUUAGCGCCCUCAGUUGUGCUUGUAUCUGCGUCGACCAACUUGGAUAUGAAAAGUCUAGGCUUAUUUUACAGUCAAACAACCACGAAUAUUAUAUUUACAAAAUAAAUCGUAGAGAUGGAUCUCACGCGUUAUUUCCUUAUGCAUUGCUUCCCUGGCGUGAGGUGGGAUCAUCGACUGACGAAACGAAUUUAUUAAGGUCGCUCAUGCUAUACAACAUUUCCACAUCUUCCGUUACACUGCAUGUGGGUAAAACUUUGUGGUUGGAAUGUGGCCUUGGAUCAGAGGCCGUGUCAUCUGACGUGCAGAGCUAUGUCGCAAACAAUGGGAGAAUAGCAGCAUCGUGGCUGCCAUACAAUGCGCACUAUUUUUACUACACUGUCAAUCACAUCGCAGAUGGUCCUGAGCUUAUUCGUAAGACUUAUGGCGAUUCCAUUGCUACUACUCCCGGUGGAUUUAGAGCUGUUGACGACGACACGCACCAGCUGUCACAUCAACGGUUGAUAUUCGAAUCACAUAUAAACGCAGUCUUGGUGUCGAAGGAUCCAGUUCACAAGAAUUAUGUACCGAUAUCAUUCGUUUGCGGCAAAGCGCCCGAACCAUCGGACAUGUCCGUCAUCACUGGCGAGAUAUCUGCAUCAGCUGUUCCACAUGUCACUGAAACAUCGGCGCGAUAUACUUGGCACCUAGUUCAAGUUGCCGUCGAGACCACGGACCCUUACAUGCAAGGCUGCGGCGUGACAUAUUUGUCCACUGAGCUAUUCAGACCUGAGACACCCAAGCUCUACUACCCUAACAUACGACAACCGCGCGGUUGUAAGAUAGACUUUCAGACUGCUGGUGAGGCGGCGUUCUACUGCCCAGUUCCCUACCUCCUGGACCCACCUAACUGCUUCAGCCAAGUUUACGUGGACGAUGAAGUAAAGAACCUAAGUGAUCUAAGCAUGUCGUUGGUUUCUUCGCAUUCCAACCACUUCGUAAUUCUGAGUUUUGACGCUUCUCAUGUAGGACCCGGGGAAACGCUGCGCCAGACAUCGCUGUUGGAGUGCCGCUGCGUCACCAUCAAGGGCGUCAUUCUCUCCACCAUGCAGAUAGGGAACUAUUACUCCAAGUAA